GUGACGUAAACACCAACGAAGAAGACAAGGCAUCAGGAGGGAAUCUGGGAGUUCUCGUGUCUUUGUUCACUUACAUUGGAGGCCACAGUCUGAGCAGAGAGCUGCUGAAGUUUAGCGACUAGGAACAAAAUGUACCAGUACAAAGUCGAAAUGAAAGAUGAGGAUGUGCACGUUUAUCAAGACCAAACCAAGAGCGAUGGGGAGCAGCAGGACCAGAGUUUAACCGAGCACAACCGGUCCACUAGCGGAAUAAAGGACGAGCAACAGGAACUGAGUUUAACCGAGCAAAACUGGUCCACUAGCACAAUAAAGGAAGAGCAACGGGACUUGAGUUUAAACGAGCAGCAUUGGUUCACUUGCGGAAUAAAGGAGGAACAAAAGGACCCGAGUUUAACCGAGCAGCAGAAGUCCACUAGCACAAUAAAGGAGGAGCAGCACUGGUCCACUGGCGGAAUAAAGGAGGAGAAGCAGAACCCCACAGAUCAACAGGUCUCCACACCACCAGGUGACACACACAGGCUCCCAGGAACAGCCACUGCCAGCCUAGCUACUGCUGUUACAUCAGUGAGAUCAAAACGCAGUGGAAGAAAAGCUUCAAGACUAUACAACUGUCAACAAUGUGACCGAGCAUUUACCAGACCAUCAGAGCUAAAGAAUCAUCAGGGGAUUCACUCUGGAGAUACACCAUACAGCUGUGAUCAGCGUGGCAAAACCUUUACUGCGAAAAGUAGCGUAAAGACCCAUCAGCAGGUUAAUAAAGGAGGAAAACCAUAUACCUGCAUCGAAUGUGGAGCAGCUUUUAACAAACCAGCAAAUUUGAAAAUCCAUAGACGUGUUCACACUGGAGAGAAACCUUACACAUGUGAACAGUGCGGAAAAGCCUUCUCUCACCUAAGUAACUUACGUACGCAUAAACGUAUUCACACUAGAGAAAAACCUUACACAUGUGAACAGUGUGAAAAAGCAUUCUCUCAACUCGAUAGAUUACGUAUGCAUCAAUAUGUUCACACUGGAGAGAAACCUUUCACAUGUGAACAGUGCGGAAAAGCCUUCUCUCAGCUAAGGUACUUGCGUACGCACGAACGUGGUUGCAGUGGAGAGAAACAUGGGUCAUGUGAACAGUGUGGAAAGGUGUUUAUUCGGCCCAGUGCCUUACAUAAACACAAACGCGUUCAUACUGGAGAGAAACCCUAUUCAUGCAAACAAUGCGGCGCAGCAUUCUCUCAGCCCAGUAACUUACAUCAACAUCAACUUGUUCACACUGGAGAGAAACCUUACUCGUGUGAACAGUGUGGAAAAGCAUUCUCUCGGUUCAGUAGCCUAGUGACACACCAGCGUGUUCACACUGGAGAGAAACCUUAUUCAUGCGAACAGUGCGGAAGAACAUUCUCUAUCCUCACUAACUUACGUCAACACAAAUUUACUCACAGUGGAGAGAAACCCUAUUCAUGUGAACAGUGUGGAAAGGCAUUUUCUAGAUUCAGUAGCCUAGUGAUACACCAGCGUGUUCACACUGGAGAGAAACCUUAUUCAUGUGGACAGUGUGGAAAAACAUUCACUUACCCCAAUAACUUACGUCAACACCAACUUGUUCACACUGGAGAGAAACCUUACUCGUGUGAACAGUGUGGAAAAGCAUUCGCUCGGUUUAGUAACCUAGUGACUCACCAGCGUGUCCACAAUGGAGAAAAAUCUCUCAUGUGAACAGUGCAGUAAAGCGUUCCUUUGGCUCACUGACUUACGUACACACAAAUGUGUUCACUCUGGAGAGGAGCCUUACUUUCGUACAGUGCGGAAAAGCGUUUCUUUUUAGUAGUGGCUUACAUAGACACCAAUAUGUUCACACUGGAG